ACAUCAUGAGCAAAGCUCACCCUCCCAAAUUAAAAAAAGAAUUAUGGACAAGAAGUUAUCAUUGAAAUUAAAUGGUGGCAGAUAUGUCCAAGGAAUGCUGCAGGGAUUUGAUCCCUAUAAGAAUCUUGUGAUAGAUAAAUGUGUGCAGAUGAUAACUAGCAGGCAACAGAACAAUACUGGAAUGGUGGUAAUAGGAGGGAACAGUAUAAUCAUAUUAGAAGUCUUGGAACGAGUAUAAACAAAGGCUGUGUUCACCAGAGAAAUCAACUGCUUCCACUUGUUGCCUCUCCAAAGGGUCCAUUUUACUAUAAUAGAAAAACUGGGUCAUGUACAUUUUCAUAUUGAAAUUCUUUGUUAAAUACACUUU